GCCAAAAGUCAGACGUCUCCCACAAAAAUGGCAAGGCACCAGCAGAACGAGUCUGUGACGGAUACCCCUGUGCUGGAGGAGGCGCCGCGUACAGAGCCGCCUGAGGAAUCGAACAACCGUGGUAACUUCACGCGUAACCUGAAUAAGGAGGCAGAUGAGAGCGUGGCGCGCAAGAUGUUCUUGGGUGGACUCAUGUUCCUGCCGUGGCUCCACUUCGUUAACGUCCUUUUCUACCGCAAGCAGUUCAUGGAUCCGACCAUCGACGCUUCUGUCACUUUGUGGGUACGACGGUCGUUCAUGGGGUUUUGCUUCUGGACUGUGCUGUUUAUCUCGUGGGUGCUCCUCUUCCAGCUCAACUGGAAGGAGUUUGGUUGGCAGAACCUCGUCAUGGUCGUACCCAACGAGGACGAGAAUGCGGGCUGGUGAGCUGAUACUUUAAGAACACCGAGGCCGACCCAAGGUUCGACACCGCCAAUUUCGCACUCUGAUGACCCUGUACUAUGCUUCCACACCCCAUUGACGUCGUUGCAGAGGCUGGUUGCUCUCAACUAAGUCGCCAUUUAAUUCCAUACAGACUUCUAUACUAUGUCAUCUUCGUGAACUCUUACUGAAGUCUAGUGAAUAAUAACG